UCCCCUUCACACUCAAAGGUAUCUUAGAGCCACUUACAAUGGAUAAUUCAUUCAUCUCUGUUAUGAUUUUUGGUCUGCUAUUCACAUUAGCAAAUGUAGGACCUCCAGCAGACGCUGCGAGGGCUUUUUUCGUGUUCGGAGAUUCGUUAGUCGAUAAUGGUAACAACAACUAUCUAGCUACUACCGCCCGAGCUGAUGCUUAUCCCUAUGGUAUCGACUAUCCGACUCACAGAGCUACCGGCCGUUUCUCCAAUGGUCUUAACAUCCCAGAUCUUAUAAGUGAGCAAAUCGGCUCUGAACCAACAUUGCCAUAUCUGAGUCGGGAGCUCACUGGACAAAAGCUCCUUGUUGGUGCCAACUUUGCUUCUGCCGGAAUCGGAAUUCUCAACGACACCGGAGUUCAAUUUGUGAAUAUAAUCAGAAUCCGCCAGCAAUUACAGUACUUCAUGCAAUAUCAGCAGCGAGUGAGUGCACUAAUUGGACCUCAGCAAACUCGAAGCCUAGUGAAUAACGCACUCGUUCUAAUGACACUUGGUGGCAAUGACUUCGUAACCAACUAUUACCUUGUACCCUUCUCCGCACGAUCACGGCAAUUCGCACUACCGGAUUACGUCGUCUAUAUAAUUUCCGAGUACCGGAAAAUUCUAAUGAGCCUGUAUGAGAUGGGGGCAAGGAGGGUUUUGGUGACUGGGACCGGACCGUUGGGGUGCGUCCCGGCAGAACUGGCACAACACAGCCGAGCCGGUGAAUGCGCGGUUGAGCUGCAACGAGCCGCAGGCUUGUUCAACCCACAGCUUGUUCAAAUGCUCCUCCAACUCAACAGUGAGCUUGGAUCAGAUGUUUUCAUUGCCGUAAAUGCAAACGACAUGCACAUGGAUUGGAUCGGUAACCCUCAAGCAUUCGGUUUUGUUACAUCAAAGGUAGCCUGCUGCGGACAAGGACCUUACAACGGAAUCGGAUUAUGUACAGUAGCGUCGAACCUAUGCCCGAACCGAGACGUUUACGCGUUUUGGGAUCCAUUCCAUCCUUCCGAGAGGGCUAACAGGCUGAUUGUACAAAAUAUCGUGACUGGUUCCACCAAGUACAUGAAUCCAAUGAACCUUAGCACCAUCAUGGAGUUAGAUGCUAGGGUUUAGCAAAUCUUGCAGUUGCUCUUCAGUUAAACUGGGAUCUAGUUUUCUACUGAAUUUCUCUUUUGGCAUAAGGACGGGAUGGGAGCCGGAAAUAAAACAAAGAGAUAGUAAACGAUGAGGUUCGAACUUAGAUUCGACUCCAUUAUUAUAUAUUUGGACAAGAGAUUGUGGUGUGUUAUUUAAUUAGUGUGAGAUUAUAAUUUGUUAUUGUGUCAAAUUGUACGCAGUGUUUAAUGUGUAACCAUUUAUCAUAUUAUUAAGUUAUUCAUAA